GGGAAAAAAUUCAACCAUCCCCGCAUAUCAAAUUUAGAACAGAGCCAGCAUCCCCAGAGACCACCUCAGAUUCAGCUAAAUCUUCUACUGCUAAAUCCCUAAAACUUCGACAUCAAACUCAAAUACAACAAGAACAAUACUCAACUUACCAGAAACAACAUGGCCGGAUCGCAGACUGUUGAAGAACUGUUCAUGAACAAUGAAGAACUACCAGAGAACUAUAUCCACAAAGACAGUAAAGGAUUCAUGGAUGCAUCACCCUCAUCAAUGGAGAUUCCGGUUAUUGAUCUGGGUCUUCUUAUAUCUUCAUCACCCACUGUGGAGGAACUAGAGAAAUUUCGUGCAGCUCUUAGCUCAUGGGGUUGCUUUCAGGCAAUCAAUCAUGGAAUGACAGAUUCAUUCCUAGACGAAGUACAAGAAGUUUCUAAGCAAUUCUUUGCACUUCCCAUGGAAGAGAAGAAGAAAUACUCUAGAACAGAGAAUGCCAUUGAAGGCUAUGGGAGUGACAUGGUUCUUUCAGAGGAUCAAAUUCUCGAUUGGACUGACCGGUUAUAUCUUUUGGUAAAUCCACAAGAUCAGCGAAAGCUUGAAUUUUGGCCCAAAAAUCCUGAAAACUUCAGGGAAAUCUUAGCGGAAUAUACCAUAAAGUUAAAACAGAUGAAUGAAGCCCUGCUUCGGGCAAUGGCAAGGUCAUUGAACUUAAAGGAUGAUUGCUUCGUGAACCAGUGUGGAGGGGAACAAACAGUAAUGUUCACAAGAUUUAACUUAUAUCCUCCCUGCCCAAGGCCUGAUUGUGUUCUUGGCCUCAAACCACAUGCAGAUGGAUCGGCAAUGACCAUACUCUUGCCAGACAGAGAGGUGGAAGGCCUUCAGUUCUGGAAAGAUGUUCAAUGGGUCCGAGUUCCCAUCAUUCCUCAUGCUUUUCUCAUAAAUGUUGGUGAUCAAAUGGAGAUAAUGAGUAACGGAUUAAUCAAAAGCCCGGUGCAUAGGGUGAUCACCAACUCGGAAAGGGAGAGGAUGUCUCUGGCUAUGUUCUGUGCCCCAGGAUCAGACAAGGAGAUCGGACCGGUAGAGGGGCUUAUCACCGAGGCAAGGCCAAGGUUAUACAAGACAGUGAAAAAUUAUGUUGACAGCUAUUUUCAAUACUUUCAGAAAGGGUUGAGGCCAAUUGAUGCUGUGAAAAUUUAAUCCCUCACUGCUUUAAUCUGCAGUUGUUUACAUGCAGAAAUGAGUGUUGAGCUUUCCAAUUAUGAGGCAAUUCUAAACAUGUUCUGUGCCUCGAUUGUCUGAAUCUUCUUCCUUUCCUUUAAAAUACAAUGACGGGUGAUCAAUAAUGAGGGAACAGGUAUACAAUGA